AUGGCUUCAACAGUCUGGAUCCUGGUGCUAAUGAUGGGGGCUGCAACCUCAAGGACUGAGACGCCUCCAGACCAGAAGCCAGUUGCCCAAAGUUCUAGGGACAACUCCGUUAUCACCCAGUGUGAUUUUGAGGACAACUCCAAACCCUUCUGUGACUGGACUCAAAUACCCACAAAUUAUGGGAACUGGAUUCGAGCCAGUGGGCCCUCCAUCAUGGGCAGCACUGGGCCCACCGGGGGUUACCCCAAUGGACAGGGCUGCUACCUGCAUCUGGACUUCGGCACCUCCCACCAGGGCUGGGUGGCCCGCCUGCUCAGCUCCCCCAUAUGGGAGCAAGGCCCUCUGUGUGUGCACUUCGCCUACUACAUGUUCGGGCUGUCGUGGGGUGCCCAGCUCAAACUGCUGUUGCUCACGGGCACAAAGAACAGGCACCCCAACCUGCUUUGGAAACACAUUAACACUCAGAGCCCCUCCUGGAUGCCCACCACUGUCACUGUGCCCAAGGGGCAUAUCCUGCCCACCCAGCUGAUAUUUGAAGGAGUGAGGGGCAGCCCUGCUUUCCUGGACAUCUCUCUGGAUUCUGUCUCUAUCCGCCGUGGCUCCUGCAAUAGGGAAAAACCUAUGGCCCCCACUGAAAAGCCCACACUCCCCACUGAAAAGCCCACCCUCCCCACUGAAAAAACCACCCUCCCCACUGAAAAAACCACCCUCCCCACUGAAAAAACCACACUCCCCACUGAAAAACCCACCCUCCCCACUGAAAAAACCACACUCCCCACUGAAAAACCCACCCUCCCCACUGAAAAAACCACACUCCCCACUGAAAAACCCACCCUCUCCACUGAAAAAACCACCCUCUCCACUGAAAAAACCACCCUCCCCACUGAAAAACCCACCCUCUCCACUGAAAAAUCCACCCUCCCCACUGAAAAAACCACCCUCCCCACUGAAAAACCCACCCUCUCCACUGAAAAACCCACCCUCUCCACUGAAAAAACCACCCUCCCCACUGAAAAAACCACACUCCCCACUGAAAAAACCACCCUCCCCACUGAAAAACCCACCCUCCCCACUGAAAAAACCACCCUCCCCACUGAAAGGCCCACAACUCCUACCACACUUACACCCACUAGGCCUACACUCUUUUUGCCUCUUCAUCUUCCAAGUACCUCCAUAUCUACUGUGACCCUGGCCACCACUACAGCCCCUAGGCCUACUCCAGCAAGCUGCCCCCCAAAUGCCCACCACGAACCCUGCGCCUGCCCAGCAUCCUGCCAGAACCCCAAGCCCAACUGUGAGCUCGCCUGCAAGCCCGGCUGUGUCUGCAAUCCUGGCUUUUUGUUUAAUGACUCCCACUGCAUCAAUGCCUCUUCCUGUAACUGCUUCUACAACAAUAAUUACUAUAAGCCUGGGGCAGAGUGGCUCAGCCCCAACUGCACAGAACGAUGUCACUGCUGGCCUGGCAGCCGGGUACAGUGCCAGACCUUUCAAUGCAAGGAAAACAAGGUGUGCCAGCAGAAGAACGGCCAGUAUGGAUGUCACAACUAUGGCUCUGCCACCUGCUUUGUCUAUGGGGAUCCUCAUUAUCUCACCUUUGACGGGAGGCACUUUAGCUUCAUGGGCAAAUGCACCUACAUCUUGGCCCAAUUCUGUGGCAACUCGUUAGAGCCCUUCUUCAGGGUGGCGGGGAAGAACGAGGAGGGAGCACAGGAAGGCAUGUCUUGCCUGAGCAAAGUCUACGUGACGCUGCCUGAGACCACAGUCACCCUGCUCAGGGGCAGGCGCACGCUGGUUGAGGGUCAGGAAGUCAACCUCCCAGCCAUGCCUUCUAAAGGCAUCUUUCUGGUUUCAAGCGGGCGAUUUGUGGAGCUGCAGACUGCAUUUGGUUUGCGGAUAAGAUGGGAUGGUGACCAGCAGCUGUUUAUAAGUGUGCCCAGCACCUACUAUGGCCAACUCUGUGGUUUCUGUGGCAACUAUGAUGGCGACAGUAGCAACGACAACAAGAUGCCUGAUGGCAGGCCAGCACAAGAUGAGGAGGAACUGGGCAUAAGCUGGCAGACAAUAGAGGAUAUAGAGGAGGAGUGCCAUAACAAGGCAACUCCCCCAUCUUGCAACUCAACCUUGCAGAACACUCUAUCGGGGCCAGAGUUCUGUGGACGGAUCAUAGUCUUCCAUGGAGCUUUUGAGACAUGUCUGCCUCACCUCAUGGCCUCUUUCUUCUUCAACAACUGCAUGUUUGACAUGUGCAAAUACCAGGGGCUGCAGCAGAUGCUGUGUGUCCAUAUGGCAGCCUUGACUGAGGCCUGCCAGGAUGCUGGCCACAUGGUGAAGCCCUGGAGGGGACCCCAGUUCUGCUCUCUGGACUGCCCACCUAACAGCAAGUACACCAUAUGUGCCAAGCAGUGCCCUGAGACCUGCCACUCUACGUUCUCUGGCAUGUCCUGCCAGGACCGAUGUGUGGAGGGCUGUGAGUGCAACCCUGGCUUCGUCCUCAGUGGUCUCCAGUGCAUCCCCCGAUCCCAAUGUGGGUGCCUUGACUCCAUGGGCCACUACAUCAUGGUAGGGCAGCACUGGUUUGCACCAGACUGCAGACAGCUCUGUAUCUGUGAGGGCAACAGCAAAAUCCGCUGUGUUCUCUGGAAGUGCGAGGCUCAGGAGGUCUGCAGUCAGCAGGAUGGCAUUUAUGGCUGCCAUGCCACAGGGACCGCCACCUGCACCGCCUCAGGAGACCCCCACUACCUGACAUUCGAUGGAGCCCUGCACCACUUCAUGGGCACCUGCAGCUACACCCUCACCCAGCUUUGCUGGCCGAGGUCCUUCGACAACUACUUUGUCGUGAGCACCACCAAUGAAUUCCAAGGUGGGAAUGCGGAGGUCUCCCACGUGACCGCCGUCCACAUACAGGUCUUCAAACUCAGAAUCUCACUGAUCAAAGGCUACAAGGUUGUGCUGAAUGGUCGCCGGGUGACCCUGCCUGUAUGGCCUGCACAAGGUCGGGUCGGCAUUAGGCACAGUGGCUCUUUUAUUUUCCUCUACACGGAUUUGGGGCUUCAAGUUCGCUAUGAUGGGAACCACCUGGUCAAAGUGACAGUGCCCUCCACCUAUGCUGGCCGGCUCUGCGGGCUGUGCGGAAACUACAACGGCAACAGCUCAGAUGACAAUCUGAAACCAGAUGGAAAGCCUGCAGACAACUCCAUCGAACUGGGGGCGGCCUGGAAGUCAAAUGAAUACUCUGAAUCUGGCUGCUUCUCUGCGGGUGGCAAACCUCCCAGAUGCCAGGAGAAUGAAGUGGCAGACACCUGGAAUAAGAACUGUAAUGUCUUAAUCAACCCUCUGGGCCCCUUCUCCCAGUGCCACAAGGCGGUACCCCCAGAAUCCAGCUUUGCCAGUUGUGUGCAUGGCCAGUGUGGGACCAAGGGUGAUGCCCUGACCCUGUGCCGCUCCCUGCAGGCCUAUGCAUCCCAGUGUGCACAGGCCGGCCAGCCCCCUGUCUGGCGGAACAGCACCUUCUGCCCUCUGAAGUGCCCCUCUGGCAGCAGCUACAGCCCCUGUGCCAACCCUUGCCCAGCCACCUGCCGCACCCUGAGCACCCCAAAAGACUGCCCGGCAGCACUGCCCUGUGCCGAGGGCUGCGAGUGCCAGAAAGGCCAUGUCCUGAGUGGAGCCUCCUGUGUGCCCUUCAACGAGUGCGGCUGCACCGACCCCCGGGGCUCCUACCAACCGGUUGGGGAGAGCUGGUACACGGACACAACCUGCUCCAGGCUCUGCUCCUGCUCCACCCACAACAUCUCCUGCCUCGACACCUCCUGCAUGCCUGGACAGCUGUGCUGGGCCCUGCACGGGCUGAUACGCUGCCGGAGUUCAGGUAUGGGAGUGUGCCGGAUCGCAGACAAGUCCUACUAUGUGAGCUUUGAUGGCCAUUAUCAUGCCAUCAGGGGCACCUGUGCUUAUGUCCUGGUGAAAACAUGUCACUUCACCACGGACCUGCCCUUCUUCAAGAUCAGUGGCGAAAAUGAGGAGAGGGAAGGCCAGUCCCCUGCUUUCUACCUCCGCCAGCUCAAUAUUAGCAUCUUUGAUUCCCUGAUCACCCUACAAAAGGACCAUCAUGUGCUGAUCAAUGGCAAACGGGUCACCCUUCCCUCGAACAACCGGGUCCGGGGCGUCAGCAUCUCUGCCAGCGGCACCUACACUGUGCUCAGGCUUUACAUUGGGCUGGUAGUCAAGUUUGAUGGCAAUGGGUUCUUAGAGAUUGAAAUCCCUAGAGCCUAUUAUGGAAAGGUCUGUGGCAUAUGCGGAAACUUCAAUGAUGAGGAAGAGGAUGAAAUAAUGAUGCCCAAUGACGAACUAGCCCAGAAUGACAUUGACUUUGUGCAUAGUUGGCAAGACAAGGAGGCCAGCCCAAAUUGCCAAGAAGAUGACCAAAUAGAUGAGCAGAUGAAGACCAAAGCAGGAUAUCAGGAGACUCGGACUGCCAACUGUAAGCCAUCUCACCUAAUGAGAGCCAUGAAGCACUGCAAAGUGGCCUUUCAGACCCCGGCUUGGACCAAGUGUGCGGCCCAGGUGGCCCUCACGCCCUUUCUGCUGGACUGUAUGCACAGCCUCUGUGAGUUAAGAAGCCUAAGCCAUGCCCUCUGCGACGCUCUGCAAGCCUUUGGGGCCGCCUGCCAGGCCCAGGGGCUCAAGCCCCCAAUCUGGAGAAACAGCAGUUUCUGCCCUCUGGAGUGCCCCACCCACAGCACCUACACGCCCUGCGUUCCCUCCUGCUCACGUUCCUGCUGGGACCUGGAAGGCCAGUGUGAUGACACCCACGUUCCCUCCACCUGCGAGGAGGGCUGCAUUUGCCAGCCUGGCUAUGUGCUCAAUGAGCAACAGUGUGUGCCCAGAACGCAGUGCGGCUGCAGGGAUGCCCAGGGCCGUUCCCUCCCCACAGGGACAACCUGGCUCUCCAGUGGCUGCACCCAGAACUGUACCUGCAGAGCAGGAACCAUUCAGUGCCAGCCCUUCGCCUGCUCCUCUGGCUCUCACUGCCAGACCAACUCCAACGGCAGCAGCACAUGCGCCCCCCCAAAGUUGGAACGUUGCUCAAUUUUCGGAGACCCCCAUUACCGCACAUUUGACGGUGUUAGCUACCACUUCCAGGGCCGCAUGACCUACGUUCUGGUCAAGACCGUGGACACGCUCCCCAGGAAUGUGGUGCCCCUGGUCGUGGAGGGACGCAACAAAAUGCAAACGCCCCUCAGCCAGAUCUUCCUGCAGGAAGUCAUUGUGGUAGUCUACGGCUACACAGUCCAGCUCCAGGCUGACCUGCAGCUUGUGGUCAACGACCAGAAGAUGGACACCCCCUUCAACCCCAACCAGCAACUGCAGGUUACCAUUCGGAGCCAUCGGCUGUAUCUGAUCACUGAUUUUGAGUUCACUGUCAGCUUUGAUGGGAAGAACAAUGCAGUGAUCUCCCUGCCCAGCACGUACGAGGGGCUUGUGUGUGGCCUGUGCGGGAACUUUGACAAGAAUCAGGACAAUGAAUUUAUGCUGCCCAACGGUGCCCUCACCCAGAACCUCAACCAUUUCGGCAACAGUUGGGAGGUGAAGACCAAGGGCGGCCUCCCCCGCUUCUCAAGGUCCAUCCAAGAGGAGGAGGAGGAGGGAGACGAGAAGGCAGGCUUCCAUGUGUCAGAAUGCAGCCCGGAGCAGCUGGAGCUCAUCAACAGCACCCAGGCCUGCAGGGUGCUGGUGGACCCCCAGGGCCCCUUUGCCGCCUGUCACCAGACUGUGGCCCCGGAGCCCUUCCAGGAGCACUGUCUGUCUGAUCUGUGUGCCACCCGGGACCCUGAAGAGCAGGUGGAGCUGCGCUGCCAGGUUCUCGGCGCCUACGCCAUCAUCUGCCAGGAGGCAGGUGCCACCUUGGCCAGCUGGCGGGACCACACUCACUGUGAAAGCCCGUGUCUGCGGAACCCCUGUCAGAAUGACGGGCACUGUCAGGAGCAGGGCGCCCACUUCACCUGUGCGUGUGGACUUGGCUAUGGAGGAGACCUCUGCACGGAGCUUCGGGACCUGCCGCUCCCCGAAAAGCCAGUGUCCAACUUUGCGGCCAUCCUGCUGGGAAUGCUGGUGCCUGUGGUGGUCAUAGUGCUGGCCGUGGCCAGAGAAUGUGUUUCCAAGAGGAGGAGGAGGGAGAAAAUGCUGAGCCAGAACAGAGACGGGCUGGCAGACACAGAUUUUGUUCCAGAAGCUGCCUUCAAAGUCACUUAG